GUUAAGCUGGCAAUCCAGAUGCAUAAAAGGGCUCCCACUCUUCACACAGAGACAUCACCCACAUGCAUGUGUGGCUGGUUUUAAUCUCUCAGGCAAGCUCCAAGGCAACAGCAGCCCUUUGCCCAGAGAGCCGGGAGAGAAAACCCAGGCAGGAAGAGAGGAUGAGGGUUUCCGCAGUGGCUACCUUUGCGGUGCUUUCCGUUCAGUUUUGCACCCUGGCUCAAGUCCGUGGGAAAUGGGCUGGGAAAGGGCUGGUGGACCCAGCAGGGGCUGGAGGGGCCAAGAAACCUCUCCACGUGCCCCGUGAAGGAGACAGAGAGGCGGAAGCCCAAAGGCUGCCUUCUGCCAGGUUGCGGAAGAUGGAGGCAGGAGCUGGAGCAGGUGGCAGAGCCCACAGCAGAGCGGCAAGCAAACCCCAACCGGGACAUGUCAAACAGAAGGCCAGCAGCAAGAAGCAGGUUCCCCAGCUGUCCCCUCCGAGAAGUAUGAGCCCAGGACUUCAGAACUACUUGAAAGGACAUGGGAAAUUUAACACGGAUACGGUGAGUAAAAGCCCUCCUUAUGGCAGUGGGGGCUAGGGCCCUCCAGAUAUUGCUGAACUACGACUCCCAUUAGGACAAGCAAGCAUUGUGGAUGGUCAGGGAUGGUGGGCAUUGUAGUCCAGCAAGAGCUAGAGAGCCACACGUUCUCCAACCCUGCCUUAGAGGUACAGAGAAAGCAGCCUUGAACCAAAUCAGAGCACUGGGUCCGUCUGACGGGAAGUGGUUUCCAGUUCUAUCUUGAGAUGCCAGGGACUGAACUUGAGGCCUUCUAUAUGCAGAUAAUAAAUGAAUAAAUAUAUUGUUGGUUUUUGCAUUCUGCACCACCCAGAGGCUUUUGAACCAUUAAGUGGUUCAUAAAGACUUUUAAACAGACAGACAGACAUCUCCAGGAUCAAAGACAGUCUGUGUCUAAAUUUCUGGGAAUCACAGGCAGGCAGUGUGCGAAGAUAGUGCUGGAUGCAGCAGGCCAAGCUCUUCUUAAUGCCUUUAGCAAUGGUGCCUAAAGGGAUUCUCUUUCCUUUCCUUCUCAGUAUUCCUGUCCUGGGAUUCAGUCAAAGGCCUGCAGAAAACCCUCAGACUGCGAUGGCUGCCUGGGCCUCUAUACCUGCAAACUGCCAAGAGGGAAGUGCGACCUGAAAGCAGUUUCCCGUGAAACAGGUAAUACGUAAAACACAGCAGAAAGCCUAAGACACAGGUGAAAGGGAGGGACUGGCUUCUGUUGGACACACUGAAAUAAAUCUCCUUUGUGUGAAAGUUCCCAAUAAAAGGUCAAGCUCUUAUUGUGGAGCUAAUUCUGUAUCUGGGGCUGCACCACUUUCAGUGUUUCUGUGUACAAGGGAAGUGUGUCAUGUAUUUUGAAUCCUCCCUGCAAAAAUAAAAUAGAAAACUAAAUAGCAGGGGGAAGGGUUCUAGCCAAGCAUUCUCCUCCUUAAAAUGUUGCUUUCUAUAUGCGGAGGGGACGCAGGUGGCGCUGUGGGUUAAACCACAGAGCCUAGGGCUUGCCGAUCGGAAGGUCGGCGGUUCGAAUCCCCGUGAUGGGGUGAGCUCCCAUCGCUCGGUCCCUGCUCCUGCCAACCUAGCAGUUCGAAAGCAUGUCAAAGUGCAAGUAGAUAAAUAGGUACCGCUCCGGCGGGAAGGUAAACGGUGUUUCCAUGCGCUGCUCUGGUUCGCCAGAAGCGGCUUAGUCAUGCUGGCCAAUGGCCUGGAAGCUGUACGCCGGCUCCCUCAGCCAAUAAAGCGAGAUGAGCGCCGCAACCCCAGAGUCGGUCACGACUGGACCUAAUGGUCAGGGGUCCCUUUACCUUUAUAUGCAGAGGGUACAUAUGUUUUAAAUAUACAGAGGAGCAUUUCAUCAUCUGAGCCUACCUGUGGUGAUAUGAGUCUAGAGACUAGCUUAUCAGUCACAGGAAGAGAUGCGGUUCUCAAAUGACGUUUUUGAAACAAGGACACCAUGUGGCAUCAUCCACUGUUAGCCAUCAGGAGGCACUGCAGCCACAAAAUAAGGAAACAACAGAUUUAGGGUGUAUACACCCACAAUCUGCACAUCUCCCUCCAUGCCUCACAAACCUUUUAAACCACAGCAUUGACAUUGUUGCUACAAGGUCUGGCAUUGGGCCCCAUUGUACUAGAAAUGAAUGAAAUGGGAAAUGACAAGGUAGCAUUACUGAGCCAUACGGAAAGGUAGUACGGGGGACAGGUAUUGGAACGUAGGGCAGUAGAAUCCUUGCAGGUUACUCCGUUCAAGUCACACUCAGCUACAAAACAGAUUGUGCUGACUACCUACUAUGUAGAUGUAACCUGAAUGUUAAGGAGGCAAACUUUGGAUCUGUCAUUGCACUUAAUAUCUCCACCACCAAGAUUCAAGUAUUAAGCCAGUUGUGAUUUCCUUCUGAAUGCAUUCAGAUACCUCACUUACAAAACUUCCUCUGUGUUCUUUGAUAACACAGGUCUAACCUUUCGGCUCAUUUGUGUGUGCUUUUUUAAAAAAAAUUAAAGGUAGUAGUACAUUGAUAAAUGGAUAUUUUAUUUAAUGGAUACCUCAGAUAAUCGAUGUCUGCUUGUAGGAAGAUAUUGAGGUUGGCGUCUCAUCAAGGAAAGUUCCCCUGAUGAUUUGUCUGUCUGCUCUCUCCCACAGGUGGUUUCUUCCAGAAUAUCCAGAACAGAUAAAAGACACCGAGUUCCUGUCAGACUUUUAAAAAAGGAGCUGCCAACAAACCCCAACAGGUGUUCAUGCUUCUAAAGCUGUACAAUUUGGGGGAGGGAGAGAGAGAGAAUUUUAAAAAAUCUGAUUUUAAGUGGCAUUCUGUUCAAACGUUGCAAGUUACGUUUGCUCACAUUAUCUAAACUGAUACUAUCUCUUAAUAAAGAAGGACUUUCAGUUUAUUUUGACUGUUUUGAUUUCACUUUUCUGUCUUCUCAUUUCCUGGAGAAACCUAAGAACUAUGGCUGCUGCUGCUGCAACUUGUCUCAGGGUCCAAGUCUACUCUGGCACAAGGGCACCAGUUGUGAUCUUGCAGCUAGGCAGAAAACCUUGAUAUGUUCGAACUUUGGCAACAGGGUGCAGGAUCCUAAGUUUAGGCUACAACAUGCAAGUCAGCACUGGCC